CCUCGAACUCCGUGCCGAGGUGCAGCGUCCAACUCCGACGGAUUUGAGUGCUCAUAUCCACACCCGCUCUCCUUUUUUUUCCUUUUCAUUAUGGAUGCAAAGCCACGAAUGCGAGUGCAAGACUUACGGACGACCGUCAGGGAUUGGCUGCAGCUGCACUGACACGCGCCCGAAGCCAGGCAUGCAAAGAGCCCGGCUAAAAUAUGACUGCGCCAUUCAAUCCAUCGCUGUCGGCAGUGAACACGCUUCACAAGGAUUAGAGAGUGGAUGGGCCGACAAACGGGUGUUUAUUGCCUGUUGGCCUAGAUUUAGACUGUCCAUCACCAACCGAACGAUAAGGGGACCAACGAGCGAAUCGCAGGCUGUGCCGUCCGACACGUCAGUUUGCCUACUGAAUCCCGUAGUGUUGCCCGAGAGACGACUCGAUGCUUGCUCCACCCGAUGUAUCCCGAACCACGAGUCUUUAGCAAUUAAUUGCCUUCGGAUGCGGUUCCCGGACCCGAACGUAUGGAGAUCGCCCUGCUGGCCGGGAGGCUCCCUGCAUAGGUUAACUGGCGCUUCCCGUACCGUCGGCCCUUGGGAGAGUCCGCCAAUUGCUACACUAGAUUGGCAGGGUUGCUUAGGUAUUGCCUUGGCCGAGGGUCUUCAAAUCCGGAUCAUGAAAGGGCAUGCGAGAAUCUCAUUCGACAACGGGACGAGCGUUUACACAACGAGGCCCCGUCGCGGACCCACCCUGGCUUAUCAAGCGGGCCUCAACGUGGCUUUUACGAUGAGUGCAGGGAACGGCGUUUGACCGAGCGGCUGCUAAUUACCGAAGCCGUCUCAAUGGACCUCGGCUGUCUGCGCAGAAUAGCGUACGGAGUUAAAUGAAAAUAAACUUGAUAUUCAAU